GACUCAAAGAACCAGAUUCCGCCCCCUUUCCACAGCCCAGAGGCCCCAGACAAGUCCAAUCUCAGCUUAUUUCACACUCUCUCUCUCUCUCUCUCUCUGGAUUGAAUUCAGGGAGCAGAGCGAUCAUGAUCUCCAAAUUAACCGACUCUGCAUCUAAACCCCGAAAAUUGCAUGCAGAACAGACAAGUGAUGGCUUUGGAAAUUUAACACGUAAAAUACAACAGAUGAAAAAGCAGAUUCAAGCCGACAGAGUUGUUUCAAUCAGAGAAAAGCUCGAAGAGAAUAGAAAGAAGCUUGAAAGUCAUGUUUCUCUGCUUGUUUCAUCAGCAACGUUAAGAAAUGAUGCUUCAGUUAUCGAUGCUGAUGGUCAAGGUAGAAUCCUUUCUUCAAGAAUUGAAAAUCCUCUCUGCAAGUUUGGUGGAUUUGCUCAAGCAUCAGGGGACAAAGACUACGUCAAUGUUCAAGAAGUUGUUUACUCAAUAAGUGCCAAGCUUCCAUAUAUUGAGAACAUACCACCUUACACUACUUGGAUUUUUUUAGACAGGAAUCAGAGAAUGGCUGAAGAUCAGUCGGUGGUUGGGAGGAGACGGAUUUAUUAUGAUCCACAUGGAAGUGAAGCAUUGAUCUGCAGUGAUAGUGAGGAAGAUAUUGCAGAAUCAGAAGAAGAGAAACGUGCAUUUUCUGAGGGGGAAGAUCGCAUCUUACGGAUGGUCGUCCAGGAGCAUGGGCUUGGCGAGGAAGUUCUCAACAUUGUGAGUCAAUAUAUUGGAACUAACACUCCAGAAAUUCAGGAGCGUUGUAACAGGCUCAAGGAAAAAAGUCUGGAGAAACAUGAUCGAAGCUUCAGAAGUUUCGAAGGAAAUGGACCAGAAUAUAACUCCUUCCUUGGAAAAAGUCUAAGUGCUACUUUAGACUCUUUUGACAAUUUGUUUUGUCGUCGGUGUUUGGUUUUUGACUGUCGUCUUCAUGGCUGUUCUCAAAGUCUUAUUGGCCCUAGCGAAAAGCAGAUGUAUUCUUCUGAAUCGGACGAUGAUGGGAACCCUUGCAGUGAUCAGUGUUACCUAAGGUUAAAAGUUGUCAAAGACUUGCCGGAAGGGUCAGCUGUUAAGUCCUUGCAUACAAUAGAAAGCAGAAGCUCGGACGAGGAAGAACGGUCUCCAAUGUCCCCUAGUGCUGAUGACACACGUGAUGAGGGUACAUUAAUGGACUAUGGAAUGGGGAUGCACAAGGUUCCAAAGCAUGCAAUUGAAGUGCCGGAAAACUUAACCCUGGUUUCAUAUGAUGACCAGGGUUCUUGCAAAAAACAGAAACUGUUAUCAACUCAUAAUGAAGUUACUCUAGCCUGCGAUGGGAUUCCAACUGUAGACUCUGGUUCAAGUGAAGAAGGCGGGGACAUCCAAAUUGGGGUCCCCGAUAACAAUGAACUCCUUAAGGCCACCAUAGCGGAAGACAAAUCCAGCUGUUCACUUGGGCAGAGUGAGGACUGUGCCAGACAUGAAGCAAAAGGCAUUUGCCACAAUGCAGAAGCUCCCAUCUUCAAGGAGGCAUCCAAUUCCACAAAAGGACAAGUGCAAGGAGUUCUAAGCAACAGUGAGUGGCAACCUCUUGAGAAAGAACUGUACUUGAAGGGAAUUGAGAUCUUUGGAAGAAACAGUUGCCUCAUAGCCAGGAACUUACUUUCUGGCUUGAAGACUUGCAUGGAGGUAUCCAGUUACAUGUACAAUCAUGGAGCUGCCCUGCCGCGUGGAGCUAUUGGUAUUCGGAGUUCAUUUGCAGAAGAAACUGAGAAAUUUGAUGCAGAUUUUAUGGAGCCAGAGAUACCAGCAAGGCCGAGGUUACUUCGUAAAAGGGGCAGAACGCGGAAGCUUAAAUAUUCUUGGAAGUCUGCUGGCCAUCCAUCAAUGUGGAAAAGAAUUGCAGAUGGGAAAAACCAGUCUUGUAAGCAAUAUAUACCAUGUGGAUGUAGGUCAAUGUGCGGAAAGCAAUGCCCCUGUCUGCAUAAUGGAAAUUGCUGUGAGAAGUAUUGUGGGUGCUCCAAAAGCUGCAAAAAUCGAUUCAGGGGAUGCCACUGUGCGAAGAGUCAAUGCAGAAGCCGUCAAUGCCCAUGCUUUGCUGCUGGACGUGAAUGUGAUCCAGAUGUUUGUCGUAAUUGUUGGGUUAGCUGCGGGGAUGGUUCAUUAGGUGAGCCACCCAAGCGAGGAGAUGGCCAAUGCGGAAAUAUGAGGCUUCUUCUUAGGCAACAACAAAGGAUCCUUUUGGCAAAAUCUGAGGUUGCUGGAUGGGGAGCCUUCUUGAAGAAUCCUGUCAAUAAAAAUGAUUACCUUGGAGAAUAUACUGGUGAAUUGAUUUCACACCGAGAAGCAGAUAAGCGUGGCAAAAUUUACGAUCGUGCAAACUCUUCUUUUCUUUUUGACUUGAAUGAUCAGUUUGUUCUUGAUGCUUACCGCAAAGGAGACAAGCUGAAAUUUGCAAACCACUCGUCAAAUCCCAACUGUUAUGCGAAGGUCAUGCUGGUGGCUGGUGAUCAUAGGGUUGGUAUUUUUGCCAAGGAGCAUAUUGAAGCCAGCGAGGAACUCUUCUACGACUAUCGCUAUGGACCUGAUCAAGCACCUGUGUGGGCCCGGAAACCAGAUGGUUCCAGAGGAGAUGAUUCAUCCGUUUCUCAUGGUCGGGCUAAGAAACACCAAUCUCAUUGAAUGACUAAAUGAGGUGUCUGGGAACCCAGGAAGACACCAAUGACUACAGAAUCUUGAACACCUGAAGUGUAGCUGCCAAAUUUUCUUCCAUACACAGAUGGACGACCAUCUAUUCAAUAUUCCAAUCGACUAGUUACCUUCAAGAAUGUCACUGGGGCUUUCAUCUCUAUUAUGACCUCACGACGGGCCGGAAAUUUUACCCUCGGAGCUGUUACAUAAAAUGGAUUUUUUUUUUUUUUGAUCUGUACAAAGAGUGGUGGUUAAAUAGCUUAUUUUUAGUGGCAGUUAUCCUAAUGAAGACAAACCUGAAAUGAGAAGGAACUAAACUUUGAAAUUUGAACCUUCCCAAAA